UUCCUCUUUGCGGCAGGGUUUGCUGUUGCGGGAGGACCAGAACUCUGCAAUAAAGCAUUUUUAAAAAUUCAAGAGAUCAAAAUGAUGUAACGAAAGACGGAUUAAGAACACGCAAUCCAUCGCGAGUGGGAAAUCCAGGGAUCACUGGGGAGCAAUGCCGUUACUGCUCUGCCGCGGCGACGCUUGAUUAACCAUGAUGAAGACCGAGUCGUCGUCCACUGCCAGCGCGAACAGCAGCUCCAACUCCAGCUCCACACUGAGGAGCCCGUCCCCGCACCGGAAUGCCUACGAGGCGGGUAUUCAGGCACUCAAACAGGCGACGGACGCCCUGAACAGUGCUGCUAAUGGGGAUAGCCAGGAGGGCAAGGCAAAAUUCUCUGCUCGUGGGCGCAGAUAUGGCUCCAAUGUGCACCGCAUUAAGAACAUGUUCAUGCAGAUGGGCACCCCUGAACCGGGUGAGGGCGAGGACCCAGAUAAGGUCAGCGACCGGUCAGUGCGCCUGUCACUCCCCAGGGCCAGCAGCCUUAAUGAGAACGUGGACCACAGUGCUCUCCUCAAGCUGGGCUCAAGUGUUUCAGAACGCGUCAACCGCUUUGACCCCAAGGGAGAUGGUGGGCAGUCGCGGAGUUCCUCCGGCAUCUCUAAGCUUCAGGAGACCCGUAAAAUCUUUGAGCAGCGGCACAUGCAAGAGAAGCAGGCAGCCACUAAUCGCAUCCUGCUGAAGAAGGAGCGGGCUUCUGGAUUCCAGGACAGCCGUCUGGAUGUAGUGGUGCGCUUCAAUGGCAGCACAGAGUCCCUGGACAGUCUGGACGCGGGCGCCACCGAGGCCGUCUCGCCCACUGUCAGCCAGCUGAGCGCCGUGUUUGAAAAGGCUGAUUUCCGUAACAACCUGCACCGGCCCUCCUCUGUCUCCCCGCUGUCCUCUCGGGGGGUCAGCCCUCCACCUGGGAAGGUGGGCGUCCUCAACUCCAAAAUCAUCUCCAAGAGGGGCCGCUCUUCCCAGCAGGGUAGCCAAGGGGAAGGUGGACAUGAAAUGGACCAAGAGGAUUCACCCAGGAGUCCCAAGAGCAGGGCAAGCUCCCAGACUGAGGAGGAACCUGAUUAUGAUGGACUGAAAAAAGGUGGCCAGGUCGCCUCUGGGGACAGCAGAGAGAAGAAGAUCAUAGCCUCUAGUCCCAGGGAUCCAACUGAAAAUGAGUCUAGGCCUGUGGGGCAAGAAGAAUGUGGCCCAGAUGUUGGGAGCAGAGUGGUACAGGCUGAGGUUCAUGCCUCACUAGAGAAUGGGGAUGCCGCUACAGAGAAGGAGGCCGGGGAAGCAGGCCUGUCAGCCCCAGAGGGCCCUUGCACCACAGAGGAGAGGAAGGAAGGAAAGGGGGAUGAGCUGGAGUGCCCGCAGGGGGAGGACAGAGGAGAGGAGUCCCGCAAGGAGGAUUACUCUGAGGGCGACCUGGUGGAUAUCAGUGCGUACAGUGGCAUUGGGGAGGACUCCGGAGGAAGCCAGCUAGAUGAGGAGGAGGAGGAAGAGGAAGAGGCCUACGAGCCAGAGUCCACCUGCUCCGAGGUCCCAGGAUUGCCUACUGAGGAGGAUCCACCACCCAGCCGCAAGAUCUGUUUCAGCAGCGAGCCAAUCAAGGUCUUCACAACCUACUCCAAUGAGGACUACGACCGGCGCAAUGACGACGUGGACCCUAUGGCGGCCUCGGCCGAGUACGAGCUGGAGAAGAGGGUGGAGCGACUGGAUCUUUUCCCUGUGGAACUGGAGAAAGACGGAGACGGCCUGGGGAUCAGUAUCAUCGGAAUGGGUGCCGGGGCGGACAUGGGCCUGGAGAAGCUGGGCAUCUUUGUGAAGACGGUUACUGAUGGUGGGGCAGCACACAGGGAUGGCAGGAUUCAGGUGAAUGACCUGAUCGUGGAGGUGGAUGGCACCAGUUUGGUUGGGGUGACCCAAAGCUUUGCCGCAUCAGUCCUGAGGAACACCACAGGACAAGUCCGGUUUAUGAUUGGACGGGAGAAGCCUGGCGAGCAAAGCGAAGUGGCCCAGCUGAUCCAGCAGACUCUGGAGCAGGAGCGGUGGCAGCGGGAGAUGAUGGAGCAGCGCUACGCUCAGUAUGUGGAGGAUGAAGAUGAGACUGGCGAGUUCGCCACUGACGAGGAGGAGGAGAUGAGUCCCAUGUUCCCCAAUGCCAUCGAGGUCUUUGACCUGGCUGAGAAUGAGGACAUGCUUUCCCCCGUUGAAAUGGAUCCCGAGAAGCUGGCUCACAAGUUCAAAGAGCUCCAGAUUAAGCAUGCUGUAACCGAGGCCGAGAUCCAGCAGCUGAAACGGAAGCUGACGCAUGCAGAGCAGGACAAGAUGCGCUGGCGCAUGGAGAAGGCCCAGCUGGAACAGAGUGUGCAGGAGAACAAGGAGCGGAUGGAGAAGUUAGAGGGCUACUGGAUGGAGGCACAGAAUCUGUGUCAAGCUGUAGACGAGCACCUCAAAGAUACACAGGCCCAGUACCAGACUCUGGAGAGAAAGUACAGCAAGGCCAAACGGCUCAUCAAGGAGUACCAACAGAAGGAGAUUGAGUUCUUGAAGAAGGAGACAGCCCAGCGUCGUGCUCUGGAGGAGUCUGAGACUUCUCACAAAGAGGAGACGGAGAAGCUGCAGGAUAAGGUAGUGGAGGAGGCUCAGAUAACAGAUUUGGAAUCCAAGGUGGAAGCACUGAAGACCUCUGACCCCUCAUAAAAGCUAAACGAAGAUGAGAGAUGCCUUUACCCUGGUCAUCAUUUUAAAUACCUUUGGCUGACGGAUUGCGAGAAACAUGGAGAAGAGAAAGACUCUUUGAAAGGGAUCCUGAAAGAAGCUGCACUGGGGAUGCGGGGUUAAAAUAAGGAAAUGGCAUUGCAUCCGACGCCUUCUCCUCCCUUUGGCCUUCAUCCAGCCCAGGAUGUUACCUGUCCAACAGUCCGGUUCCUGGUUUGCUUUUAUGUGUGUUCAGGCACCUAUUGUUGAAUAUCAUUUCUCAAAAGGCUCAUUUAAUUGUGGAAUGUGGACAUCCUUUUGUCUUAUGUGUUUUUUGUUUUACGAGUGGAGGGGGCAUCCAUUUUAUUUACUCGCUGGGAAUACUGCCACUGCUGGCUGCCUGUUUGUUUUGCUGACUUGCCUCCAUGAAGGCCAAGGUACUGAAAAUAACAACACAGAGGAACCUGGCUAUUCAGUGUUUGUCUAUUUUGGUCUUGUCCUUCAAUGCAUUGUAAAUUAUCUGAAUUGAAUGGUUUUGAUCUAGUAAACUAGUAAACUAGUGCCCCUUUUUUCUCCGCCUGUCAGUGGACCUGUUUGUACAGAUGAGAUGGGUUUGGUUUGUAUAUAUUUUUAGUAUAUAUAUUUAAAAUUCAGUGAGCGAAAAUACAGCGAGAGAAUUUGGAAGGGCCCAUUCUGGACAGCACUCUGUAAGGUAGUGGGGCAGAUUAAGGAGAGAGGCAUUUGAAGCUUGGAUUUCAAAUGUAUAUAUUGUACAGGCCACAAAAUAGGCAGUUGGAACUUUUGGGGGGAUUUUUUUACUAGCAGCUGACAAACAGGGUGUGACAAUGUCCAAGCAUUCAACUCGAAUUAAUAUGGAUUUACUAGUUAAAGAUCAACAGCGAUCUUAGUUUGAAGAGCAGUAACAUAUGAGAAAGCCAUUGCCAUUCACCUAAAUGCUACAUCCUACCCAUGUUUAGCAGAGUAACAGGAUUAGUUUAAAGCAGGGACCAAUUCCGUGCUUUCUCCAAGCUUUCGGAAUGUUAUAUAGACGGCUUCAGAUGGUUUGUGUGCUAAUGACAUAUGUGGGAAUUCGGCAAACUGGAAGAAUUAAACAAGUAACCAAUUAAUCUGCUUAAAAUAAUGAUGCUUCUCUGUGGCUCAGAUAGGAGAUUGAAAGCUAUGGCUGCCUUGACGGAGUCUUAUCCGUAUGUGUAUUGAAUUGACCGCUCAGUCCUCUGUUUUGAAUUCCCCAUCGACUUCAAUGGUUUGUUGUCUGCAUUUAUUUAUGCUUAUUCAUCCUUGAUUGUCUAAGGUCAGAGACCUAUGUUGAUUGGACCCUUUGGUGUUCAUUCCUGGUGUUACUAUGGUAGCAGCGCAAUACAGUACUGGUUUUUUCUCAGGACUUAUAUGCAGUGCAAUUUUUGAAUGCUCACAUUCUCAGUUAAAGGUCAUUAAGUUGUUUUGGAUUUUGAUUGUUUGUGUAAUUACAUGAUUGUUGUGUAAGAAGUCUGAUGAUCCAAACCAGAUGUUGCUCUUCAACCUCUUGAAGUGCAGUCAGCAAGCAGUUUUUGGUAGAGAUUGUGGUAGAGGUGGUAGCCUAAACAAAUAAGGAACUGUUAUGUCAAAGGUCAUAUAUGGUUAAACUGCAGUGCCGUGCUUCACCGGUGGAUUGGCUCUGAAAAAGUCGGUUUUACCUGCACCUUGACAUUGGAAUUGCCAACCUGUUGUAAAGAAUGUCCCCAUUUUCACCUUAUUGCUGUGUUAUUGCUUCCCACUAGGGCUUUUUAGUAAUUUCUGCCGUCCACUUCUGCCAAAAUCUCACUCACUGCAAUGUGUAAUCUGUUGAGGUAGUGACUAAAGGUUUGCAAAAAAUGCUUCUUUUUUUGGUUUGUUUGUUUGGUUUUAUUUUAUAUAUUUUUUUAUUUUGGGCGGGGGGGGGUCAUAUAUGUCUGGUAAAAAUACACUCCUGUGAGUGGCAUUCCUGGAUACACUUUGAAAGCACUGGAAUCACAACCUACCCUAGGAGGGAAAUGCAAACCUGUGAACUGCUUACAUGGUAUACAUGUGCAAAAUUAUGUUCAUUUUUAUUUAGCUUUAGCUUGCUAGCUUGUUUCUUAAACAUAAGCAAUGAGAGAUGAGAACACAGGGAAUGCAUGUCUGGCCAUUGAAGCAUUAAUCCUAAUUAGCUCUGAAAAAAUAUUAAUUUACAAAUAAAAGUACCUUCAGUACUCUGCUGGAGUACAAGUAUAUAAAAUAUUAAUACGAUAAAAGUAUAGUCUUGCAACAGACACAUUGACACUGGCGUUUUUGGGAUAGAAAUUCUGGUGGGGCACCGAUCAGCUUGUCAAGCUUAGCACUGUUGAUUUUGAGCCUCAACCUUGCUAGUUUGAUACAGUUAUGAAACCCUUAUAACGCACUAUCACUAGCUGCUCACUUGCAAAAGUAAAUUCGGGAGGAACGUGAAAUAAAAUGUGGUUCACGGUUUGGCUCUGUCAUUGCCAAUUUCAUAUUUGAUCUCACAUGAAGGUAAUCAGGGAGGCUGGUAUAAUUAUCAGUUUUGGCACCAUUCUCUACAAGCUCUAGAGAACAUGUGUGAAAAUCCCAGGAGAUCAGUAGUUUCUGAGAUACUCAAACCACCCUGUCUGGCACCAACAAUCAUUCCACAGUCAAAGUCACUUAGAUCGUAUUUCCUCCCCAUUCUUUCAUUUGGUAUGAAAAAUAGUUGAACCUCUUGACCACAUCUGCAUGCUUUUAUGCAUUUAGUUGCUGCCACAUGAUUGGCUGAUUAAAUAUUUGCAUUAACAAGCUGGUGUUCAGGUCUACCUAAUGAAGUGCUCACUGAGUUUAUAUCACAGAAUUAUUCAAUGAAAACGAGUCCAGCAGAAGGCAGUGCAAGCAAUCUUAAUUAGUUUUUUUCUGACAAUAUUCUUAAUUUAUUCUUAAUUUAUUUGUUCUUGGUGACAUUUUCGUAAGAUGUGGCUAUACCUAAACUACUACAAAAGUGUCCUAGUUAUAACAAGACCGCUACUACAGCUAAGACACGAAUAUCUACAGAUAUCUAGCCAAUCGACACAUAGCUAUGAUUUCUGCACCCUGCACUGGGUGUUACCAGACAUGGGGCCGAGACGAUCGGACACCACAGGCCAAUAUCUGCUAUGAAAUGCCCCGAAGGGGUUCCUUGCCAUGCUGACAGGGCUGUGGGUUGUGGGGCCGACCCCACGGACAGAUUAUCGGCAGCAUCAAACGCCAUAUGCUACAGUGCAGUUUGCACAAACAAUUUGUAUUACUUUCAGAGCAUUUUAAAAGGGAUUACAAAUAAUAUCUAUCAAAGUUUGAGCGAUUCAAAACUAAUUUUCUUCAUUAACUGCAGUGCUUCGGAGAAAGCCAAUGAGAGAUAAGAAUGCAAUACCGCCAACUAAGUGUAGAGACGCCACAGCACAUUGUACAUUUUAUUGUAUUGAAUAAGCCAAAUGUAUUCAAUUUUCUGUUCACAUUUUAUCAUUGAUUCGACUGGUGCUGAAAAUGUAUGAUUACACAGAGCACUGAACAAGGUGAAAGCGAAGGUAAACUGAAGAAUGUCUUCUAUUGUGCUUUACUAAAAAUAGUGCAAUAUCAGUAGGGCAGGGUCCCCUAUUCUUUGACUUAUCUAGAACAUUUGUUGUGUUACAUGUACACUAGUACAAGCUGGCCAGCACAUUGGAAAAGCGACUAAUGACUAAUGAAGUCUGUGGCCACCACCUUGCAUUGAGAAUGCCUGAAAUGCCAUUAAUUCCAAACCUGCAUUCAGACUGUGCAACUGAAGCAGGCCUUUUGUGUAUCAAAUGAUACGUAGAGUUUGCAUGUUAAUCAUCAUGGAUACUGUCAUCACGGUGUAUGGCCAGUCCUUUGACAAUUGUUCAGGGAGCCAGGCACAAACAUGUCUCUAAACCCAGCUGCAAGUGGACAGUGGAUUGGGUGUGAAGACAACCAACAUGGCAGCCAUGCAGGUUUGGCAGUAUAUCAUAGUAAAGCACAUUAAUCUCCCUCAGUGUAUUACAGCAGUUUCAUAAAUUCCUGUUUUAUUGAUACUUGAUCUACCUUUUGUAUUGAAAGGGAAAACCGACUCUAUCCAUUUCCUCUGCUAAACUGUUACCUACUGUGGUCAUACACUCCUGCCGUCAUUUGUUGCUUGGCAAUAGAGACUCACUGCAUUGGAAAUGCACUUGCCAACUUCAACAACCCUAGGAUGGACCUGACAAUGGUAAAUCCCUGGAAAGCAGUUUUGUUUUUUGCUUUUUUUUUUUUUUCAAGGUUUUUCAAAAGGAGACAUAGAUGAGACUGGCAGAGGAGAACCACAGUUGGGACUUCCAGCCAAAUGUCACCCGCAUACCUCUACCAUUGCAACCGAACUACUGAUAUGUACUAACCUUCCCAGUACCACUUCAGUAACAUACUGUAUCUGAUGGUGUGUAGUGCUUGUGAGUCUCUCAAAAAUAGUUACUGUAAAAAGUGAUAUUUUCGAGAGCCUAUGUAAGUUUUUACCUAGUAAUAUUCACAAACAUCACAAGCAAGCCAUUUUGUACAGAGGCAAAGGGAAAAGUCACACCUGUAAAAUGUGGUGUGGUAGCAUGCUUGAAAUAUGUGCAGGAAAACAUCAAACCAAGACAAAACAUGAGGAUAUCAAGUAUAGCAGUGCAAUGAUGUAAUAGACUAGAUUUAAAGCUGUUUUCUUACUGUAUCAUACAGCUUUUUUAACAAGCACCUUGAAUUGUACAUUUUACUUUUCGUUGGUGAGGUGUUCAGAUAUUAAAUGCCUUGAUAUUGUGAUAAUGUUGCGGGAACUCGGUCCAGAUAUCUGCCUCAACCAAGGGGAAAUUCUAACUAAUCCUGCACUAAGCAAGCAUUACUAUGAGGACAUUUAUUUUUAAUUUUUGGUAAAAGUUUCCCCUCUGUAAUUUGCAUUGGAAACAUGGAAGGGGAGAAAAAUGAAUUUGUUCCAUUUUAAUGGUUUCACUCUGAAUCAAGUAUACAUUAUACAUAAUUUACAGUCAUAAAUAAAUAGCGAUGUGCUGAAAUAGAGGUA